AUGGCCAAGAAAUACGAGGGAGUUGCGAUCGGAAUUGACCUUGGCACGACAUACUCAUGUGUUGGAGUGUGGCAAGAACAAAACGAUCGUGUUGAAAUAAUACACAAUGAUCAAGGAAACAAAACAACACCUUCUUGUGUUGCUUUUACCAACACUCAAAGAUUGAUUGGUGAUGCUGCCAAAAAUCAAGCUUCCUCCAACCCAACCAACACUGUCUUUGAUGCAAAGAGGUUAAUUGGAAGGAAAUAUAGUGAUUCCAUUGUUCAGAAUGAUCUAUUGCUGUGGCCCUUUAAGGUUAUUGCAGGUGCUAAUGAUAAACCAUUGAUCCUUGUGAACCAUAAAGGGGAGGAGAAACACUUUGUUGCUGAAGAAAUAUCAGCUGCGAUUCUCAUGCAGAUGCGAGAGAUUGCAGAGGCGUUUUUAGAGUCACCUGUUAAGAAUGCAGUGAUUACUGUACCUGCUUAUUUUAAUGAUUCACAACGUAGAGCCACUAAAGAUGCAGGUGAUAUUGCUGGUCUUAAUGUAAUGCGGAUAAUCAAUGAACCAACUGCGGCAGCUCUUGCAUAUGGCCUUCAAAAGAGAGCUAACUGUGUUGAUCAGAGAAAUAUUCUUAUCUUUGACCUUGGCGGUGGAACUUUUGAUGUGUCUAUUCUUACAAUUAAAAAUAAGGACUUUGAAGUCAAGGCCACUGCCGGAGACACUCAUUUAGGAGGUGAAGACUUUGAUAACAAAAUGGUGAAUCAUUUUGUGAAGGAGUUCAAGAGGAAGAACAAAGAGGAUAUUAGUGGAAACCCAAAAGCCUUGAGGAGGUUGAGAACCGCAUGUGAGAGGGCGAAAAGGACACUUUCUUACGAAACUGAAGCCACAAUCGACCUAGAUGUUAUACAUCAAGGUAUUGACUUCUCUUCAUCAAUCACUCGGGCCAAGUUUGAGCAAUUGAAUAUGAACCUCUUCGAAAAGUGUAUUGACACUGUUAAUAGUUGUCUUGUUGAUGCUAAGAUGGACAAGAGUAGCAUAGAUGAUGUUGUCCUUGUUGGUGGCUCUUCUAGGAUUCCCAAAGUGAAGCAAUUAUUGCAGGACUUUUUCGAGGGGAAGGAAUUAUGCAAGAGCAUCAAUCCUGAUGAGGCUGUUGCUUAUGGAGCAGCUGUACAGGCUGCUUUGUUGAGUGAAGGCAGUAAGAAUGUUCCAAUUUUGAUGCUGCGAGAUGUUACACCGCUGUCGCUUGGUAUCCAGUUACUGGGAGAUAUUAUGAGUGUGGUGAUUCCAAGGAAUACUUCUGUACCAUUCAAGAAGACACAAGAUUAUGAAACAGCUUUAGAUUACCAAUCUUCAGUCCCAAUUAAGGUUUAUGAGGGUGAAAGAGUUAUUUCAACAGAGAACAACUUGCUUGGUUUGUUUAAUCUCAAACUUCCACUUGCUCCUCGGGGGCUUCCUCUCAAAUUAUGUUUUACCAUAGAUGUAGAUGGUAUAUUAAACGUUUCUGCAGAGGAAGAAACCAGUGGUAAUAAAAAUGAAAUUACUAUAACAAACGAAAAUGGUAGGCUAUCAAGAGAAGAGAUUGAGAGAAUGAUCCAGGAGGCCGAGAAUUUCAAGGCGCAAGACAUGAAGUUCAAAAAGAAAGUUGAAGCAAGAAAUGCUUUGGAAGAUUAUCUCUACACUGUAAGGAAAGUGAUGAAGGAUGAUUGUGUAAGUUCCAAGCUCAAACCUAUAGACAAAGUGAAGAUCAAUUCUGCAAUGAUCAAGGGAAAGAGCUUGAUUGAUGACAACCAGCAGGAAGAUACGUCUGUGUUUGUAGACCUUCUGAAGGAACUUGAGAUCAUUGUUGAAUCUGCUAUGAACAGGAUCGAUAAAAGUUACUUGGAUGUGGAAAGUGAUUCUGAUUCUGAAUGA